AUUUUCUCCAGAAACGAUCAAUCACCUUAAAGUCAAGAGUCAGAGGCGAGCGAAAACAGAAAAAGAAGAAACUUUCAUCCUUUCUUUCUCGGACAAGCGUCUUUUUCUCUCUCGUCAAUCAAACUUUCUCUUUCUUAGCUGCAACAGGUUUGAGAAGUGAUACUCUUGGAAUAAUUUGAAGGAUUACAGGACAAAGCUGAGAAGAUACUCAGACUGAUUUUAACAACCUGGUUAAGCUGUGCUGGAUUCCACUGUGAAUUUGGUUGCUCAUGUGGCCUUUUUAUUUUGUAUUAAAUAAGAUUCUUAAAGCCGAAGAAGACGAAGAAGAAAUAGUGAAUGUAUCAGAUGGAAAUCUUGUAAGUGUGGUAGAACGCUGCUCAUCUGAGCACUUGUCAAGUAAUGAGAAGUACAAUGAUGCAGUCUUGCCAAGAGUGCACUUUGUUCAAGUCCCUCAUAUAAACCAGCAAGAGUCUUGGGACUGUGGCCUUGCAUGCGUUUUGAUGGUAUUGAGAACAAUUGGAAUCAACAACUGUGAUAUUCAAGGUUUGGCAGAGUUAUGCUGCACAACCAGCAUUUGGACCGUCGAUCUGGCAUAUUUACUGCAGAAAUUUAAUGUUAAGUUUUCCUACUUCACAGUAACAUUUGGAGCAAACCCCAAUUACUCUGUGGAGACAUUUUACCAGGAGCAAUUGCCCACUGAUCUUGUUCGAGUGGAUAUGCUAUUCCAGAAAGCAAGGGGAGCUGGUAUUAAUAUAGAGUGCAGGUCAAUCAGCAGAGUAGAAAUUUCUCUCAAGAUAUUGUCUGGGAACUAUGUUGCGAUUGCAUUAGUUGACCAGUAUAAAUUAAGUCAGCCUUGGAUGGAGGAUGUCAUUGUCCCGGGCCUCUACAACGACUGUGGUUAUACUGGUCACUAUGUUGUGAUAUGUGGCUACGAUGCUGGUGCAGAUGAGUUUGAAAUCAGAGAUCCUGCCAGUUCUGGGAAACAUGAGAGGGUCUCAUCAAAGCGCCUUGAAGAAGCUCGAAAAUCCUUUGGUACUGACGAAGAUCUUCUCCUGAUAUCCCUGGGGAAGAGUGAGAAGUAGACCUUUUCUUGAGCAUAACUUUCUUCAUGUCAAUCCGAUUAUGUGACAUUACACCUUGCGUAUAUUACAAA